AUUUAAAUAAAGAUUUAAACAUCGCUAAUGAGAACGAAUACUAUAACACGAGUAAUUCAUAUAAUCCGAGUGAAUUUCCUAUUUCAUAUGAUUCAGAACUUAAGAUUUCUAAUAUUACAUGUAGUGCACUAGUUGAUGAAUCAAUUAAAUCAUGCAAUGAUUAUGUUAGCUGGACCAGUAAUGGUUGUUGGGCUUUUUCACCAUUUGUGUUUUCUGAGCGAACUAAUUUUUAUGAGGAAAAAUUACAAUGCAAUGAUUCACUGU